CCCCUACGAGGUCAGGGACUCAGGGAUCACGAAUCUUGAAGCUGCAGCAGCCCACAGCCCCCGAGGCCUGGGUGUUCCGCAGCGAGGUCACCCCAAGGCGACGAUUUAAAAGGACAGCUCGCCCACCCAGGCGGCAAACGCCCCUCCCUGCCCGGCCGCCCGCCCAGGCCGCACCCACUUGGGGGCGGUGCACCCAGGCUUAGUUCUCGGUGGGCGGACGCCGCGGCUUUAAGUAGGGGCGGGACUGAGCGCUGAGUAGCAGCGGCGUCGGCAGCGAGAGUUCUCGGACACUCGGGGCCGGAUACGGGAGGCCAGCUGGCAAGCCCCGACUGGGUGAACCCAUGGGCUUGGUAUUUUAGUUUUGAGAAAGAAACAGACUCAGAAGAAAGAUGGCAUUUGUUGCAACCCAGGGGGCCACGGUGGUUGACCAAACCACUCUGAUGAAGAAAUACCUUCAGUUCGUGGCUGCUCUCACAGAUGUAAAUACACCCGAUGAAACCAAGUUGAAAAUGAUGCAGGAAGUUAGUGAAAACUUUGAGAAUGUCACAUCAUCUCCUCAGUAUUCUACAUUUCUAGAACAUAUCAUCCCUCGAUUUCUUACAUUUCUUCAAGAUGGAGAAGUCCAGUUUCUUCAGGAGAAGCCAGCCCAGCAACUCCGGAAGCUAGUACUUGAAAUCCUUCAUAGGAUCCCGACCAAUGAGCAUCUUCGUCCUCAUACGAAAAACGUUCUGUCUGUGAUGUUUCGAUUUUUAGAGACUGAAAAUGAAGAAAAUGUUCUUAUUUGCCUAAGAAUAAUUAUUGAGCUGCACAAACAGUUCAGGCCACCAAUCACGCAAGAAAUUCAUCACUUUUUGGAUUUUGUGAAACAGAUUUACAAGGAGCUUCCCAAAGUAGUGAACCGCUACUUUGAGAAUCCUCAGGGGAUCCCUGAGAACACAGUGCCUCCACCAGAAAUGGUUGGUAUGAUCACGACAAUUGCCGUGAAGGUCAAUCCUGAGCGGGAGGACAGCGAGACCAGGACGCAUUCCAUCAUUCCACGAGGAUCACUUUCACUGAAAGUCCUGGCCGAACUGCCCAUCAUCGUUGUACUAAUGUACCAGCUGUACAAACUGAACAUCCACAGUGUCGUUGCUGAGUUUGUGCCCUUGAUCAUGAAUACCAUCGCAAUCCAGGUCUCUGCACAAGCCAGGCAACAUAAGCUGUACAACAAGGAGCUGUAUGCUGACUUCAUCGCAGCUCAGAUCAAAACAUUGUCCUUUUUAGCCUAUAUCAUCAGAAUUUACCAGGAGCUAGUGACCAAGUACUCUCAGCAGAUGGUGAAAGGCAUGCUACAGUUGCUUUCCAAUUGCCCGGCGGAGACUGCGCACCUCAGGAAGGAGCUUCUCAUCGCUGCCAAGCACAUCCUCACCACGGAGCUGAGAAACCAGUUCAUCCCCUGCAUGGACAAGCUGUUUGAUGAAUCCAUCCUGAUUGGCUCUGGAUACACGGCACGAGAGACGCUCAGACCCCUCGCCUACAGCACACUUGCUGACCUUGUGCAUCACGUUCGCCAGCACCUGCCCCUCAGUGACCUUUCCCUCGCCGUCCAGCUCUUUGCCAAGAACAUCGAUGAUGAGUCCCUGCCCAGUAGCAUCCAAACCAUGUCCUGCAAACUCCUGCUGAACCUGGUAGACUGCAUCCGCUCCAAGAGUGAGCAGGAGAGCGGCAAUGGCAGAGAUGUCUUGAUGAGGAUGCUGGAGGUUUUUGUCCUCAAGUUCCACACCAUUGCCCGGUACCAGCUCUCGGCCAUUUUUAAGAAAUGCAAGCCUCAAUCUGAACUGGGAGCUGCAGAAGCCGCACUGCCUGGGGUGCCCACGGCCCCUGCUGCCCCUGGUCCAGCACCUUCCCCAGCCCCUGUGCCUGCCCCUGCCCCUCCUCCACCCCCAACCCCAGCUACCCCAGCUACCCCAGUGACCCCGGCCCCUGUGCCUCCAUUUGAGAAGCAAGGAGAAAAGGACAAGGAAGAUAAGCAAACGUUCCAAGUCACAGAUUGCCGGAGUUUGGUGAAGACCUUGGUCUGCGGAGUGAAGACCAUCACGUGGGGCAUAACGUCGUGUAAAGCACCUGGUGAAGCUCAGUUUAUUCCUAACAAGCAGUUACAACCCAAAGAAACUCAGAUUUACAUCAAACUGGUGAAGUAUGCAAUGCAAGCCUUGGAUAUUUAUCAGGUCCAGAUCGCAGGAAAUGGACAGACAUACAUCCGAGUAGCCAACUGCCAGACUGUGAGGAUGAAAGAGGAAAAGGAGGUGCUGGAGCACUUUGCUGGUGUCUUCACCAUGAUGAACCCCCUGACGUUCAAGGAGAUCUUCCAGACUACAGUCCCUUACAUGGUAGAAAGGAUCUCAAAGAAUUACGCUCUUCAGAUUGUUGCCAACUCCUUCUUGGCAAAUCCUACUACCUCGGCUCUGUUUGCUACAAUCCUGGUAGAGUACCUCCUGGACCGGCUGCCAGAAAUGGGCUCCAACGUGGAACUCUCCAACUUGUACCUCAAGCUGUUCAAGUUGGUCUUUGGUUCAGUGUCCCUGUUUGCAGCUGAAAACGAGCAGAUGCUGAAGCCUCACCUGCACAAGAUUGUGAACAGCUCCAUGGAGCUGGCGCAGACUGCCAAGGAGCCUUACAACUACUUCCUACUGCUCCGUGCCCUCUUCCGAUCCAUAGGAGGUGGCAGCCAUGACCUCCUGUAUCAGGAGUUUCUGCCUCUCCUCCCGAACCUCCUCCAAGGCCUGAACAUGUUGCAGAGUGGCCUGCAUAAGCAGCACAUGAAGGACCUCUUUGUGGAGCUGUGUCUCACAGUGCCGGUGCGGCUGAGCUCCCUGCUGCCCUACCUGCCCAUGCUGAUGGACCCCUUGGUGUCUGCCCUCAAUGGCUCUCAGACAUUGGUCAGCCAAGGCCUGAGGACCCUGGAGUUGUGUGUAGACAACCUGCAACCGGAUUUCCUCUAUGACCACAUUCAGCCUGUGCGUGCAGAGCUCAUGCAGGCUUUGUGGCGCACGCUGCGCAACCCUGCAGACAGCAUCUCCCACGUGGCCUACCGCGUGCUCGGGAAGUUUGGCGGCAGCAACAGGAAGAUGCUUAAGGAGUCCCAGAAGCUGCACUAUGUUGUGACUGAAGUUCAAGGCCCCAGCAUUACUGUGGAGUUCUCUGAUUGCAAAGCCUCCCUCCAGCUUCCCAUGGAGAAGACUUGCCCUGCUCGGCUCUCCCCAGAAGACAGCAACAGCACACACUAUACAUUCUGUGCUUUUUGUCCUAGGCCAUUGAGAACCGCCCUGGACUGCCUGAAAAGUGCCAACACAGAGCCCUACUAUCGGAGGCAGGCUUGGGAGGUGAUCAGGUGCUUCCUGGUGGCCAUGAUGAGCCUGGAUGACAACAAGCAUGCGCUCUACCAGCUGCUGGCACACCCCAACUUUACAGAAAAGACCAUUCCCAAUGUCAUCAUAUCACACCGCUACAAAGCCCAGGACACUCCAGCCCGGAAGACAUUUGAACAGGCUCUGACUGGGGCGUUCAUGUCCGCUGUCAUCAAAGACCUGCGGCCCAGCGCCCUGCCCUUCGUAGCCAGCUUGAUCCGCCACUACACCAUGGUAGCGGUGGCCCAGCAGUGUGGUCCUUUCUUGCUACCCUGCUACCAGGUGGGCAGCCAGCCCAGCACCGCCAUGUUCCACAGUGAAGAAAACGGGUCCAAAGGAAUGGAUCCCUUGGUCCUUAUUGAUGCAAUAGCUAUCUGUAUGGCUUAUGAAGAAAAAGAGCUGUGCAAGAUUGGGGAGGUGGCCUUAGCUGUGAUAUUUGAUGUGGCAAGCAUCAUCCUGGGCUCAAAGGAGAGGGCAUGCCAGCUGCCGCUCUUCUCCUACAUCGUGGAGCGCUUGUGUGCCUGCUGCUAUGAGCAGGCCUGGUAUGCAAAGCUGGGGGGUGUGGUGUCCAUCAAGUUCCUCAUGGAGCGGCUCCCGCUCACGUGGGUUCUCCAGAACCAGCAGACAUUCCUCAAAGCCCUGCUCUUCGUUAUGAUGGACCUGACUGGAGAGGUUUCCAAUGGGGCAGUCGCCAUGGCAAAGACCACCCUAGAGCAGCUCCUGAUGAGGUGUGCAACGCCUCUAAAAGAUGAGGAGAAAGCUGAAGAGAUUGUGGCGGCUCAGGAGAAAUCUUUUCACCAUGUGACCCAUGAUCUGGUUCGUGAAGUCACCUCUCCAAACUCGACUGUGAGAAAGCAAGCCAUGCAUUCGCUACAGGUCCUGGCCCAGGUCACUGGGAAAAGUGUGACAGUGAUUAUGGAGCCACACAAAGAGGUCCUUCAGGACAUGGUUCCACCGAAGAAGCACCUGUUGCGUCACCAGCCUGCUAAUGCGCAGAUCGGUCUGAUGGAGGGCAACACGUUCUGUACAACGCUGCAGCCUCGGCUCUUCACAAUGGAUCUCAAUGUGGUGGAGCACAAGGUGUUCUACACAGAGCUGCUGAAUUUGUGUGAGGCCGAGGAUGCGGCCCUGACCAAGCUGCCCUGUUACAAAAGCCUUCCGUCACUCGUGCCUUUACGGAUCGCGGCAUUAAAUGCCCUCGCUGCCUGCAAUUACCUACCACAAUCCAGGGAGAAAAUCAUCGCUGCACUCUUCAAGGCCCUCAACUCCACCAACAGUGAGCUGCAGGAGGCUGGAGAAGCCUGCAUGAGGAAGUUUUUGGAAGGUGCCACCAUAGAAGUAGAUCAGAUUCAUACGCACAUGCGGCCUUUGCUGAUGAUGCUGGGAGAUUAUCGGAGCUUGACACUGAAUGUCGUGAAUCGGCUGACCUCUGUUACUCGGCUCUUCCCCAAUUCCUUCAACGAUAAGUUUUGCGAUCAGAUGAUGCAACAUCUGCGAAAGUGGAUGGAAGUGGUGGUCAUCACCCACAAAGGGGGCCAGAGGAGUGACGGAAACGAGAGCAUUUCAGAGUGCGGGAGGUGCUCCUUGUCUCCAUUCUGUCAGUUUGAGCCUGCCAUGGAAGGGGUAGAGGAAAUGAAGAUUUGCUCGGCGAUUAUAAACCUUUUCCAUCUGAUCCCAGCUGCACCUCAAACGCUGGUCAAACCUUUGUUAGAGGUUGUAAUGAAGACGGAGCGCGCCAUGCUGAUUGAGGCGGGCAGUCCAUUCAGAGAGCCUCUUAUCAAGUUUCUGACGCGGCAUCCCUCGCAGACAGUGGAGCUGUUCAUGAUGGAAGCCACACUGAACGACCCCCAGUGGAGCCGAAUGUUCAUGAGUUUCUUAAAACACAAAGACGCCCGACCUCUGAGGGAUGUGCUGGCAGCAAACCCCAACAGGUUCAUCACCUUGCUGCUGCCCGGUGGAGCACAGACAGCGGUGCGCCCUGGCUCACCCAGCACCAGCAACAUGCGCCUGGACCUCCAGUUCCAGGCCAUCAAGAUCAUAAGCAUCAUAGUUAAAAAUGAUGACGCCUGGCUGGCCAAUCAGCACUCUCUGGUGAGCCAGCUGAGGCGAGUGUGGGUAAGCGAGACCUUUCAAGAAAGACACCGCAAAGAGAACAUGGCCGCCACCAACUGGAAGGAGCCCAAACUUCUGGCCUUCUGUCUGCUGAACUAUUGCAAAAGGAACUAUGGAGACAUAGAGCUGCUGUUCCAGCUGCUCCGAGCCUUCACUGGUCGCUUCCUCUGCAACAUGACCUUCUUGAAAGAGUAUAUGGAAGAAGAGAUCCCCAAGAAUUACAGCAUCGCUCAAAAGCGCGCCCUCUUCUUCCGCUUUGUCGAGUUUAAUGACCCUAACUUUGGAGAUGAACUGAAAGCAAAGGUUCUGCAGCACAUCUUGAAUCCUGCUUUCUUGUACAGCUUUGAGAAGGGAGAAGGAGAACAGCUCUUAGGACCUCCUAAUCCAGAAGGAGACAACCCAGAGAGCAUUACCAGUGUGUUUAUAACCAAGGUCCUGGACCCUGAGAAACAAGCAGACAUGCUGGACUCCCUGCGCAUCUACCUCCUGCAGUAUGCCACGUUGCUAGUGGAGCAUGCCCCCCACCACAUCCAUGACAACAACAAGAACCGCAACAGCAAGCUGCGCCGUCUGAUGACCUUCGCAUGGCCUUGCCUGCUCUCCAAGGCGUGUGUGGAUCCCGCCUGCAAAUACAGCGGACACCUGCUGCUGGCGCAUAUCAUUGCCAAAUUCGCCAUUCAUAAGAAAAUCGUCCUUCAGGUUUUCCACAGUCUUCUCAAGGCUCACGCAAUGGAAGCCCGAGCGAUUGUGAGACAAGCGAUGGCCAUUUUGACCCCAGCUGUGCCAGCCCGCAUGGAGGACGGACACCAGAUGCUGACGCACUGGACCAGGAAGAUCAUCGUGGAGGAAGGCCACACGGUCCCACAGCUGGUGCACAUCCUCCACCUCAUCGUGCAGCACUUCAAAGUAUACUACCCGGUGCGGCACCACUUGGUCCAGCACAUGGUCAGUGCCAUGCAGAGGCUGGGCUUCACGCCCAGUGUCACCAUCGAGCAAAGGAGGCUGGCUGUGGACCUGUCCGAAGUCGUUAUCAAGUGGGAGCUGCAGAGGAUCAAGGACCAGCAGCCGGAUUCUGACAUGGACCCAAACUCGAGUGGAGAGGGCGUCAACUCCGUGUCAUCCAUUAAGAGAGGACUGUCUGUAGAUUCUGCACAGGAGGUGAAACGCUUCAGGGCAGCCACCGGGGCCAUCAGUGCAGUGUUUGGGAGGAGCCAGUCGCUGCCAGGAGCCGACUCUCUUCUUUCCAAGCCCAUUGACAAGCAACACACGGACACCGUGGUGAACUUCCUCAUCCGAGUGGCUUGCCAGGUCAAUGACAACACCAACACUGCAGGGUCACCUGGAGAGGUGCUCUCUCGCCGCUGUGUGAACCUUCUCAAGACCGCUUUACGGCCAGAUAUGUGGUCCAAGUCUGAGCUCAAACUGCAGUGGUUCGACAAGCUGCUGAUGACUGUGGAACAGCCGAACCAGGUGAACUAUGGGAAUAUCUGCACAGGAUUGGAAGUGCUCAACUUCCUGCUAACUGUGCUACAGUCACCGGCCAUCCUCAGCAGCUUCAAGCCCCUGCAGCGGGGCAUUGCAGCCUGCAUGACUUGUGGGAACACCAAAGUGCUUCGAGCCGUUCACAGCCUCCUCUCUCGCCUGAUGAGCAUUUUCCCUACAGAGCCAAGCACCUCGAGUGUGGCCUCCAAGUACGAAGAGCUGGAGUGCCUCUACGCGGCCGUCGGGAAGGUCAUCUACGAAGGACUCACUAAUUAUGAGAAGGCCACCAACGCGAACCCCUCCCAGCUCUUUGGGACACUCAUGAUCCUCAAGUCGGCCUGCUGCAACAACCCAAGCUACAUCGACAGACUCAUCUCCGUCUUCAUGCGCUCCCUGCAGAAGAUGGUCCGAGAGCACUUAAACCCGCAGGCAGCAUCUGGCAGCACUGAGGCAACUGCAGCUGGAACAAGUGAGCUGGUGAUGCUGAGCCUCGAGCUUGUGAAGACAAGACUGGCGGUGAUGAGCAUGGAGAUGCGUAAGAACUUCAUCCAGACCAUCCUGACCUCCCUCAUCGAGAAAUCCCCGGAUGCCAAGAUCCUCCGAGCCGUGGUGAAGAUCGUGGAGGAGUGGGUUAAGAAUAAUUCCCCAAUGGCAGCCAAUCAGACUCCUACACUCCGGGAGAAGUCGAUCUUGCUCGUGAAAAUGAUGACUUACAUAGAGAAACGUUUCCCAGAAGACCUGGAACUAAAUGCCCAGUUUUUGGACCUUGUUAACUAUGUCUACAGGGAUGAGGCACUUUCUGGCAGCGAGCUGACUGCAAAGCUUGAACCCGCCUUUCUCUCUGGGCUUCGUUGUGCCCAGCCAUUGAUCAGGGCCAAGUUUUUCGAGGUUUUUGACAACUCUAUGAAACGCCGUGUCUAUGAGCGCCUGCUGUAUGUCACCUGUUCCCAGAAUUGGGAAGCCAUGGGGAGCCAUUUCUGGAUCAAACAGUGCAUUGAGCUCCUCCUGGCCGUGUGUGAGAAGAGCACGGCCAUUGGUACCAGCUGCCAGGGAGCCAUGCUCCCAUCCAUUACCAAUGUCAUCAACCUGGCCGACAGCCAUGACCGAGCUGCCUUUGCCAUGGUCACACACGUCAAGCAGGAGCCUCGGGAGCGAGAGAACAGUGAGUCUAAAGAAGAGGAUGUAGAGAUAGAUAUUGAGCUGGCUCCUGGAGAUCAGACCAGCACACCCAAAACCAAAGAGCUUUCUGAGAAGGACAUCGGGAACCAGCUGCACAUGCUCACCAACAGACACGACAAAUUUCUUGAUACUCUACGGGAAGUGAAGACGGGAGCACUGCUCAGUGCCUUCGUUCAGCUCUGCCACAUUUCUACCACGCUGGCUGAGAAGACCUGGGUCCAGCUCUUCCCGAGGCUCUGGAAAAUCCUGUCCGACAGACAGCAGCAUGCUCUGGCCGGGGAGAUCAGUCCAUUCCUGUGCAGUGGCAGUCAUCAGGUGCAGCGUGACUGCCAGCCAAGCGCGUUGAACUGCUUUGUGGAAGCCAUGUCCCAGUGCGUCCCCCCGAUCCCCAUGCGCCCCUGUGUGCUGAAGUACCUGGGGAAGACUCACAACCUCUGGUUCCGCUCGACAUUGAUGCUGGAGCACCAGGCCUUUGAGAAGGGGCUGAGUCUGCCGAUCAAACCGAAGCAAACAGCCGAGUUUUAUGAGCAGGAGAGCAUAACGCCGCCUCAGCAGGAGAUCCUGGAUUCCCUGGCUGAACUUUACUCCCUGUUGCAAGAGGAAGACAUGUGGGCCGGCCUGUGGCAGAAGCGGUGCAAGUUCUCGGAGACUGCAACUGCCAUUGCUUAUGAGCAGCAUGGUUUCUUUGAGCAGGCCCAAGAGUCCUAUGAAAAGGCAAUGGACAAAGCCAAAAAAGAACACGAGCGGAGUAAUGCCUCCCCUGCCAUUUUCCCCGAGUACCAGCUCUGGGAGGACCACUGGAUCAGGUGCUCCAAGGAGCUGAACCAGUGGGAAGCCUUGACUGAGUUUGGCCAGUCCAAAGGCCACAUAAAUCCCUACCUCGUCCUGGAAUGCGCGUGGAGGGUGUCCAACUGGACUGCCAUGAAGGAGGCACUGGUGCAGGUGAGAUUCAGCUGUCCGAAGGAGAUGGCUUGGAAGGUUAACAUGUACCGAGGGUACCUGGCCAUCUGCCACCCUGAGGAGCAGCAGCUGAGCUUCAUUGAGCGCCUGGUGGAGAUGGCCAGCAGCCUGGCCAUCCGUGAGUGGCGGCGCCUGCCCCAUGUAGUGUCCCAUGUGCACACACCUCUUCUGCAGGCUGCUCAGCAGAUCAUUGAGCUUCAGGAAGCUGCACAGAUAAAUGCAGGCCUGCAGCCCACCAACCUGGGCAGGAACAACAGCCUCCAUGACAUGAAGACGGUGGUGAAGACCUGGCGGAACCGGCUGCCCAUCGUGUCUGACGACUUGUCCCACUGGAGCAGCGUCUUCAUGUGGCGGCAGCACCAUUACCAGGCGAUUGUAACUGCGUAUGAAAACAGCUCUCACCACGACCCGAGUUCCAAUAAUGCCAUGCUUGGGGUCCAUGCCUCAGCCUCGGCCAUCAUCCAGUACGGGAAAAUUGCCCGGAAACAAGGUCUAGUUAAUGUGGCACUGGAUAUCCUGAGCCGUAUUCAUACCAUCCCUACCGUUCCCAUCGUGGAUUGCUUCCAGAAGAUUCGACAGCAAGUGAAAUGCUACCUCCAGCUGGCAGGAGUGAUGGGCAAGAACGAGUGCAUGCAGGGCCUUGAAGUCAUUGAGUCCACAAACCUCAAAUACUUCACGAAGGAAAUGACAGCUGAGUUCUACGCUCUGAAGGGAAUGUUCCUGGCUCAGAUAAACAAGUCAGAGGAAGCCAACAAAGCAUUCUCAGCAGCUGUACAGAUGCAUGAUGUGCUGGUGAAGGCCUGGGCCAUGUGGGGUGACUACCUGGAGAGCAUCUUUGUGAAGGAGAGGCAGCUACACCUGGGAGUGUCUGCCAUCACCUGCUACCUUCACGCUUGCCGGCACCAGAAUGAGAGCAAGUCAAGGAAGUACUUGGCCAAGGUGUUGUGGCUUCUGAGUUUUGAUGAUGACAAGAAUACGCUGGCGGAUGCUGUGGACAAGUAUUGCAUCGGCGUGCCCCCCAUCCAGUGGCUGGCGUGGAUUCCACAGCUGCUUACCUGCCUGGUGGGCUCCGAGGGCAAGCUGCUCCUGAACCUCAUCAGCCAGGUUGGACGAGUGUAUCCCCAAGCAGUCUACUUUCCCAUCCGGACUCUGUACCUGACCCUGAAGAUAGAGCAGAGAGAGCGCUACAAGAGCGAUUCUGGACAGCAGCAGCCCAGUUCAGUGGGUAACCAGUCCCAUUCUGCAUCAGAUCCAGGGCCCAUAAGAGCAACAGCGCCCAUGUGGCGCUGCAGCCGAAUCAUGCACAUGCAGCGGGAGCUUCACCCCACUCUCCUGUCUUCCCUGGAAGGCAUCGUCGACCAGAUGGUCUGGUUCAGAGAGAACUGGCAUGAGGAGGUGCUCAGGCAACUCCAGCAGGGCCUGGCAAAAUGUUACUCUGUUGCCUUUGAGAAGAGCGGUGCUGUAUCGGAUGCCAAGAUUACCCCUCACACUCUUAACUUUGUCAAGAAGCUGGUGAGCACUUUUGGAGUGGGACUGGAGAACGUGUCCAAUGUCUCAACCAUGUUCUCCAGUGCAGCCUCUGAGUCUCUGGCCCGCCGGGCACAAGCCACAGCCCAGGACCCUGUCUUCCAGAAGUUGAAGGGCCAGUUCACCACAGAUUUUGACUUCAGUGUCCCAGGAUCCAUGAAACUUCAUAAUCUGAUUUCUAAGUUGAAAAAGUGGAUCAAAAUCCUUGAGGCUAAAACCAAGCAGCUUCCCAAAUUCUUCCUCAUAGAAGAAAAGUGUCGGUUCUUGAGCAAUUUCUCAGCUCAGACAGCUGAAGUGGAGAUCCCUGGGGAGUUUUUGAUGCCCAAGCCGACGCAUUACUACAUCAAGAUUGCUCGCUUUAUGCCCCGAGUGGAGAUUGUACAGAAGCAUAACACAGCAGCCCGCAGGCUCUACAUCAGAGGACACAACGGCAAGAUCUACCCGUACCUGGUCAUGAACGACGCCUGCCUCACCGAGUCACGGCGGGAGGAGCGUGUGCUGCAGCUGCUGCGCCUGCUGAACCCUUGCCUGGAGAAGAGGAAGGAGACCACCAAGAGACACUUGUUCUUCACAGUUCCUCGGGUGGUGGCUGUGUCCCCACAGAUGCGCCUCGUGGAAGACAAUCCCUCCUCACUUUCCCUCGUGGAGAUCUACAAGCAGCGCUGUGCCAAGAAGGGCAUUGAGCACGACAACCCCAUCUCCCGUUACUACGACAGGCUGGCCACAGUGCAGGCCCGGGGAACGCAGGCCAGCCACCAGGUCCUCCGAGAUAUUCUCAAAGAGGUCCAGAGCAACAUGGUCCCCCGCAGCAUGCUGAAGGAGUGGGCCCUGCACACCUUCCCCAAUGCUACAGACUACUGGACCUUCCGCAAGAUGUUCACCAUCCAGCUGGCGCUCAUCGGCUUUGCAGAGUUCGUCCUGCAUCUCAAUAGACUCAACCCUGAGAUGUUACAGAUUGCUCAGGACACAGGCAAGCUGAAUGUGGCUUACUUCCGAUUCGACAUAAACGAUGCAACUGGGGACUUGGACGCGAACCGUCCAGUCCCUUUCCGCCUCACGCCCAACAUUUCUGAGUUCCUGACCACCAUCGGGGUCUCGGGCCCGCUGACGGCCUCCAUGAUUGCUGUUGCACGGUGCUUUGCACAGCCCAACUUCAAGGUGGACGGCAUUCUGAAAACUGUGCUCCGGGACGAGAUCAUUGCUUGGCAUAAAAAGACCCAGGAAGACACUUCCUCCCCGUUGUCGGCCGCCGGGCAGCCCGAGAACAUGGACAGCCAGCAGCUGGUCUCCCUGGUUCAGAAAGCCGUCACUGCCAUCAUGACCCGCCUGCACAACUUGGCCCAGUUCGAUGGCGGGGAAAGCAAGGUGAACACCCUGGUGGCCGCUGCCAAUAGCCUGGACAACCUGUGUCGCAUGGACCCUGCCUGGCACCCAUGGCUGUGACCUCAGCUGUCACCUCACCCGGAAUGUGAAAUGUGCCUCUCAGCCUCUGAGCCCAUGGCUGUUGAGACCUCGCUCUGCCUUGUUACCCACUUUAUUUAGUUACUUUCCCAGUAGUUUGUGUGUGGAAGAGCUUGAGAUUUGUCCUGAAGGGAGCCCCCUGCACACCAAGUGGCCAGGCUGUUAGAGAUGGCAGAGCCCAGCUAAGCAGCUUCUGAGAUGCUUUUUAGUUUACCGAUUCCCAGGCUGGGAUUGCCUCUUGUGGUACUCCUGCCUCAGUGUGACGGGCAGAUUGAAGAGGUCCCUACAUCCCCUUAACUUCCAGAAACUACACCUCAGAGCAGUUGCGUGCUGUGCACAGACCUUCAACGGGGUCCAGGAAAUCCACAGUGUUAGAGAAGCAGGAAUCAGGAGCAGACAGACAGACAGGCUUCCUCCUCUCAGCACAGAUGGUCGGUCACUCUGUCUAUCACUGGCUCUGGGAAUCUCACUAAGUCUCAGUGAGCCCGCAUCACCUGCGGGGAAAGCUGCACUUGACCUCAUGGAUUCUGAUUCAGCUGGGCAGAAAUGGAACUGUGGAGGCCAGCAGGCCAAGCUUGCACAUUUGACGCUGGCCUGUUGGCUAUCUUUUAGAAAUUUACUAUCAUUGUACCAGGAAAAGAAAACAAAAAACAAACAAACAAACAAAAAAAAAUCAUUUUGUUUUUCCUUCCUAACUUCAAAAGAAAGCGGUGAAAGUUUGUCCCUUUUAGUCUCUGUUAUGUUGACAUUUUUAUAAAUCUGAGCAUUGAGAAGGUUCUAGCUAAAUUUGUACAGUGUGAUUUUUUUUUUUUAGAAUAAAUAUUUUACAAAAGUA